AUGUCGGCCGACGGCGAGCCGGUCACCUGCUACCGGUGGAGCCGCGACUUCCUCGUCGCGCACGCCGUCUUCACAAGCGGCCUCGUCACGGCGCCGGUGGCCGUCCUCCUGCUCGUCCACCUCCCGCGCUCGGGCCGCGCCAUCUUCUUCGCCGCGUUCGCCGCCUUCUGCACCACCACCAGCCUCCUCAUGUGCCUCCGCUUCUACGCCGAGCUGAGGUGCCCGCCCUGGCCGCGCUGGCGCUCCGCGGCGGCGGCGUCCGGAGGCCGGCAGCUGGAGGAGGACGACGAAGAGUCCGUCGUCGUCGGGCACGAAACGACGGCGCGGGAGACAUCACACGCCCUCUAUUACCCGGAGCAGCCGGUGACGCGCCCCGAGGAGGUGCAGGCCGCCCUCGCCUCUGGCCGCAUCCCGAGCUAG